AUGGAAAGGCACCGUGAGGCGCAGGAGCCGAGAGCGGGGGCUGCGGAGAGCCCGGACAGGCAGCCCCGGCCGGAGGCCGAGCGGGCCCAGCGCGGCCGGGAGCCGGGGGAGGCGGCCCGGGCCGGGGUGGGCCGGGCCGGCCGCGCCUCCCUCCCGCCCUCCCGGGUGCCUCCGGUCCCUCCCGGCAGCGCGGCAGGUCGGGGCGUGCGGCGGCGCGGAGCGGCGGCCGAGGGUGAGGCGGAGCGCCCGACAUGGCGGCAGCGGUGGGAUGGGGAGGCGGGGGCGCGGCGGCCCCGGGAGCGGGCCGGGGAAGGGGCCGGGGCGGCAGCCCGGGAGAGCCGGGCAGAGCCCGGGCCCCGUGUGCGGCAGCGGGCCCGGCGCUCCGGCCGUCCCUGCGGCGCCCGUGCGGACCUGGCCGCGGCCACCGAGCCCGGCUCUACCUCAAAUUUCCCUGUUGUACAAUUAAGAGUUGGCCUUUAUGCUGGGCUUGUAGGACCCUUGUAG